CUGGGCAAGACAAACCGAACCCCCCCGGCCCCGAGUGAGUUGUGAGCGUUGUGACCCACUGACCUGUUGCCGGCUGCCAUCUAGUCACCGAUGCCGACGUCGACCUCCGCCCUCCACCAUUGCCCGACGCCGCUGUUGUUGGAAUUUCUGCUUUCACAAGGAAUUCACCAGGGGCUGCUUCUAUCUCCAAGCCAGAUUUCUUAAAGAGAAGACACUGGAGAUGUUAUCUAGAUGGAGACAGAGUAAAAAUUUCAGAGAAAAGUUCAGAUUCUUUCCAUCCAAAUUACAGUCUUUAGUAGCAAUUCACAGUUUUUCUUCGCCAAUUGAAUUCACAACAAAAGAAAAACCUGAAAAUUCAUUUUCCAGUAAAUUUGCUCUGAGUCAACGAGUUUUGGGGGUUCACAAAACAGUCAUCCUUACCCCUCAAGUUGUGCAAUCCACUCUGCGAAGCUGCUCUUCUGAUUUGAUUGCUCUAAGCUUUUUCCUGUGGUGUGCCAAGCUACCCAAUUACUUUCAUGACAGAAACACUUUUCUUCACAUGGUAAGUGUGAUUUCUAACCUUACUACGAGAUUUAGAACGGUGCGAGGAAUACUUGAGGAAUUGGAAAAUAUUGGUUGUAUUGUAAAGGCUCAAACUUUCCUGCUUUUACUGCGAAUUUACUGGUGUGGAGGCAGAGCAAUGUAUGAACUCGUUAUCGAUGCGUUUGAGGAGAUGUGCAAGUAUGGUUACACUCCAAAUUCAUAUACUCGGAAUAUUUUUAUGGAUGUUCUUUUCAAGAUUGGGCAUGUAAAUGUUGCCCUUCAAGUUCUAAAGGAGACACAGGUCCCAAAUUUCUUGUCGUUUAGCAUUGCAAUUUGUAAUUUGUGCAAAUUGAAUGAUCUUAACAAUGUUAAAAGUGUGCUUAGGUCCAUGUUGUCGAAAGGGUAUUAUCUCAAUUCCAAGACGUUUUCAUUGGUUUUGAAUUGUUUUUGCAAAUUCACUAGGUUGGCUGAGGCAUUGCAGCUACUAGGCCUGAUGGUAGUCUUGGGUGCUCCAGUCUCUGUGAAUGUUUGGAGUAUAUUAAUAGAUGGAUUCUGUAAGUCUGGGCGGAUUGAUAUUGCAGCUUAUCUACUUGAGAAGAUGUUGGAGAGUGGUUGUUCUCCAAACAUUGUCACGUGCACACCUAUAAUUAAGGGAUUCUUGGAAUCUCAAAUGUAUAUCAAGGCAUUUGAGAUCCUUAAUGCUCUGGAAUUGGAAGGAUGUUAUCCUGAUUUGGUUCUUUCCAAUGUGUUGAUAGAUUGUCUCUCUAAGAUGGGGAUGUAUGAUGAUGCAUUUGAAGUUUUCUCCAGUUUGAGGGAACGGCAACUAAUACCUGAUGUUUACACUUUUGCUUCUCUGAUGUCAACUGUUUGUUUGUCUAGACAAUACGUUCUUCUGCCUUUGCUAAUCAGUGGCCUGGCUAUAGAACCUGACUUAGUAGUAUGUAACUCUCUUCUUAGCUAUUUCUGUAAAGCUGGUUAUCCGGAAGGUGCCGUGGAUUUUUAUAACAAUAUUAUAGAUAGUGGGUUUACACCAGACAAAUAUAGUUUUGCUGGAUUACUUAGUGCACUGUGCAGUUUGGGUAGGAUUCAAGAAGCAGUUAAUGUGUAUUGUGAAAUUGUUCGAACUCAUCCUUAUAUUGAUGCUCACAUCCAUACUAUAAUCGUCAAUGGGCUUAUAAAAUUAGGUAACCCAUUUAAAGCAACCAGAUUAUUCAAAAAAGUUGCUGCAGAGUUUCCACUUGAUGUUGUGUCAUACAAUGUCACCAUUGGCGGACUUAUCAGGAGUAGUCAAAGGGGAGAGGCUUAUGAUUUGUUUAGCCAAAUGAAGCAGAUGGAUAUACCUCCAAACAAGCACACAUAUAAUCUAAUACUCUCUGGCUUGUGUAAGGAUGGAGACGUAAAGAUGAUCAAAUCUAUCAUACAAGAAAUGAUUGAUAGGAAUAUUGGAUUGGACAACGCUGCAUGUAGUUUAAUGAAGUACCUUGGGUAUAAGUCACACAAUCUUCCUGGAUUGCUGCAAAGGAAGGCAGAUUCCUUAUGGAAUAAUGGAUGUGAUACUGGUGCAUAUGCUAGCAAUGAGGAUUUUGGAAAUGUAAUAAAUGUUCUAGACAAUAGCACAUCCAGCUGGGAUGACCUCCAGGAUGCAGCUGUUUCUGUGGGUUGAUAAAAAUUCGAGGAAAUUGGUCGUUCUUUCAGCGAAUUGUGUUCCUCGAAUUCAUAAAGCAGCACAACUUCUUUUCCAUGGAUGUCUAACAGGAUUAGAGUGGUUCUUUAAAGAAUUUCUCCCAAUGUGCUUCCAAGAUCUCGAUUCUAGACUCUGGGUUUUACUCUGUAAUUUGAGCAACACAGUAGGUGGAUUCCAAGAGGAAAUACUCAUACAAAUCUCUUCAAUUCGAGUCUUUGAUGAAUUUUCAACUGGCGAAACAAGAUGAUUAUUUUGAUUAUUACAAAAAUAGUAGUCACUAUGAGAGCAAAGAUAGCCAAGUCACUCAUCCACAGGUCCACAAAGUAUAUGGUUUAGCUAUUUCAAUGAAUGGUUUUGUGAAAUUGGACAAGUGUGUAGCAUUUGGUGAUUUUUGCAUGUUGGUUUUCUGCAUUUUAAGAGGUGGAGCAGUGGGGAAAUGCAGUAUUGAAAUAAUGUCAGAAAGGGGAUUGAAUAAGAAGAAUUAGAGCUUUAAUAGUAGUGACAGACGACGAGGCUAGAAGUUGCAGUCCUCACAUUAAAGAAGAGCGAUACAGAGCAAUGUUGGGAGAACAUAUUCAGAAGUACAAGAGGAGGCUGAAUAAUUCAGCACAAAGUCCUAUGUCGAUCCGUACAGGGACUCCACCUACAAAAAGUAUAGGAUCAAAAGAUCAGAAAUUGGCAAAUGGUCACCUAUCCAUGUCGGAUUUUCUCAAAAUCAAUUCUCAGAAGUAGAGAAAUUAUCUCGAGUCUAGUGCUAUUAGGUGUGCUCCUAUCCUUAUUUUCUCAUUUACAGUUAGUGCUGUUACAAAAAAUACACCACAGAUUCUCAAAUUCAGCAAUUGAUAAGAGUUAUAGUAACCAACUU